AAAACCCCAAAACUCUGACCCAAUUGCUACCAUUAUCCUCUACAUAAGCCUUGUUCUUUGGUUAUGAUUUCACUCAUCUUCUGUUUAGAGAGAGAAACCGAAAGCAAAAGAGGUUGCUUCAUGCAUUUUUCUUCCGCAAUCCGUCUUUUAAAGUUUCUACAGCACACUCCCCUAAAAACCCGCAUCUGCAGUUUUUGAUCCAUUUCCAACCUUGCUGUAUAUUUGCUCUUUAAAUCAAUAAAACUCAUCUUGUCUUAAGGGAUUUUGAAAUGGCGCCCAGUCUUGAUUACUUGGCAUCAAGUUUACUGUGUGCAGAAGAAAAUGACAGUAUAUGUUACGACGACGACAACGAUGAUUUCGAUAUGUUAUUGGAUCAUAGAAAUUAUCAAAAUAUUAAUCAAAAUCAGAGAUUUAUCAACAAUCCUGAAACAGAGCAAUGUGUUAUUGAUUUUCCUUUACGAAGUGAUGAGUGUUUGGAUUUGCUAAUUGAAAAAGAAUGUGAACAAUUUGUGGAUUUUUUUGAUUAUUUGAACAAACUGAAGAAUGGUAACAUGGAUUUGGUUGCAAGACAAGACGCCGUUAAUUGGAUUACGAAGGUUCAUGCUCAUUUCAAUUUUGGACCCCUAAGUGCGUAUUUAUCAGUAAAUUACUUGGACAGAUUCCUUGCUGUUUAUGAAUUGCCUGACAAAGUUUGGAUGAUGCAGUUGCUAGCUGUUGCAUGUUUAUCAUUAGCAGCAAAAAUGGAAGAAACUGAAGUACCUCUCAUUCUAGAUUUACAGAUGGGUGGAUCAAGAUUUGUGUUUGAAGCAAAAACCAUUCAGAAAAUGGAGAUGCUUGUGUUGACGACAUUGAAAUGGAGAAUGCAAGCAGUGACUCCAUUCUCUUUCAUUGAUAUUUUUCUUGAGAAAGUCAAAGAUGGUCAACCCACUUCCAAAUCUACGAUUUUGAGAUCAACCCAAUUAAUCUUAUGCUUAAUGAAAGGGAUGGAGUUCUUGAAAUUUAGACCUUCUGAGAUUGCAGCAGCAGUAGCAAUUUAUGUCGUGGGAUCAACACAAUUUUGUUCACUGUUUCUACAUGUUAAUAAGGAAAGGGUUCUUGAAUGUGUAGAAUUGUUGAAAGAGUUGAGUGGUGGUUGUACAAUGAGCUUAACGAGUGGUACAUUGACAUCAAUGACAAAGAGCCCAAUAGGUGUGUUGGAGGCUGCUAAUUUAUGCUAUUCAGCUAAAGAUUCAGCAGUUGAAUCAUGAUAUUUUUAGUUAAUAAAUAAAUUGCUUGGAUUUGAUUUUUGAUUUUUGAUUUAUUUUUGGUAGGAUGAGUAUUUAGUCAGAAUUACCCUCCAAAAAAGGGAAGAAAAAAAAGUCAUGAGCUGUUAAAUAUUAGACCUCUUAACAGCUGGCGAAGAUCUUGGGUAAAAUUGGAAAUAAAUAUAUACAAAUUAAAUUAUGUAUUUUUGGGUAGAUAUGGUUUCUUGUACUCCUUUUAUUUUGUUGAAUUACAAGAAACAUUGGUUGAUAAAUUAAUUAUGUUUAAUAAUUUAUAGAAGAAA